UAAACAGAAAUGGAAGCACCUGGUAAAGACCUCCACAGUCAGUGAGCAUUGCAUUCGUUCUUUUUUUCACGAUCUUCUUACUUUAAUAUCUGCCACAUUCAACAGAUUUUCACCUAUCUGCCAUCAUAUUUGCACCCCCAACGUCCAGGACCCUUAUUCCUUCCACAACUUGUGUGGAGCGACCAGAGAUCACCCAAACCGAUGAGGUUUUACUGAUCCAGUUAAGAUUGUGUUCCCUUUUCCACAUUUGACAAGCGGAAAGAAUGUCGGAAAGGGCCGAUGAUGACGUCAGGGGGGAGCAGCGCAGAGUGGCCAGGCAGCUGAAGCAGCAACAGCAGCAGAUCCAGCGGGGAGAAGGCUCCGCAGCAAUGGCGACUGGUGCGGAGCGCAGAUCCAUGCCUAGUCCAGAAAUAAUGUUGGGACAGCCUUGGAGCAGCUGGGUCGAUGCUGCCAAACUACACGGCAGCGACGGUGCCGAAUCAGAGGAAAGUUUGAAAGAGUUCGGGAAAAAUCGAGAAGCCAUGCGACUGUGCAGAGAUGACAUGCCCAUAUUUGGCCAGUGUCCAGCACAGGAUGACUUCUACCUGGUGAUGUGCAGCCACUGCAGUCAGGUGGUGAAGCCCCAGGCCUUCCAAGCACACUACGAGAGAAGACACAGCUCGUCCAGUAAGCCCACCUCCACCUUAGCCCCCUCCUCAGCCUUCUCCCUGACCGCUCUGUCUCGGAGCAGGAGCAGUGGGCCGGUUGGUGGGGGUGUCAGUGGGGGGUCCAUGGGCCGCUCUUCCAGUGGGACCAGCACCUCGUCCAUCUCCAAAAUCCUCAAACCAGCCAAAGAGAAGCUACCAGGCAUCCAGCAGAGACCUCACUUCCCUCCCUUCAGGGUGCUCAACGACAAGGUCCUGACCCCUGCAGUCAAAGUGGAGAAGAUGCGUCUGAAGGUGGAUUCGUCAGCCAAGCUGGUGCAGGUUCCUUCGGCCCACUUAUCGUCCUCUUCCUCCAGCAGCACUGUGAGCUCCUCGUCACCCCUGAAGCCAGGCCUUAACUGUCCCUCCAUACCAAAGGCUCCCCUGCUUGCCCCCGGCCAGAUCCCCAACGGCAAGGGCCACCUCUCCCUCUCUGCCCUGGAAAAGAAGCAGGACAACAACACCAGUAGCAGACAACACCUCUACAAGAGACUGUCAGAACGUGAGUUUAAUCCAGAUAUCCACUGUGGGGUCCUGGAUAUGACAGCUCGGAAGCCAUGCACACGAUCCCUAACAUGCAAGACACAUUCCCUAAGCCAGCGGAGGGCAGUGCUGGGCCGGAGGAAACGCUUCGACACACUGUUGGCAGAGCACAAAAGCAAAGCCCGGGAACGGGAACUGCAGCACCCCCACCCCCUGCAGACCACCCCUCUCAGGGAACCCCAUCCCUCCCCCUCACGGCUCGCCCCCCACCAUGACGCCCACCAGGUCGCUCAUGGCAACGGAGCCACCGACGCCACCAAGCCUUUGGCGUUUGGCAAGCCCAAACCUCACAAUCUUGGUCUUCCACGGCUGAACAGCAUUAUCUCUGAUGGAGGUGGGGGUACCCCGGGAGACCCUCACCACGCUACGUCCGCUCCUGACGGGGGCUCCCGCCUGUCCAGUGACGAGGGGGAGAACGAUGAGCGGGAGGAGGGCACAGACAAACUGGACUGUCACUAUUCAGGUUACCACCCACGGCCGGCAGCUUUUUGUACCUUUGGAAGUCAACUGUUUGGGAGAAGCUGCUACUCGUUUGACCGGCGCUGGGAUCGAAUGCGAUGUGCUCUUACCGCCAUGAUGGACAAGCACGUCAACACUCAGAUGUGGAAAAAAAUCCCUUUCGCCUUGGAGAACUCCUCCUCUUCUUCUUCCUCUGCGCCGGCCCACAGGACAACCACAAACUCCUUAUCCUCUUCACACGGUAGCGCCCCUGCUUCGGGCUUCCUCAGCCUCUCCUCUGCGCCCCUUCCACCACCCUACACUCAGUCCUACGACAGCAAGUCUGUGCUCUCGUACGGGACCACCUUAAACGCCCGUGCCUCCCCCCAGGGCGCGGCCGACCACCCUGCCUACAGCGCAGCACAGGCCAGACAAGUGUCUUCGUCGCCCCAGAUGCCUUCAGCCCACUCCUCGGUCCCCUCCCUGUCCUCAGGACGACCGUUCAAGUCCAGAUCCAGUGGCAAGUCCUUCAGACCCCGGGAGUCCUCCUCCACAGCUGCCAUAACCAACUCCACCAGCGGGGGCAGCAGUGGAGGAAGCAGCAGCAGCAGCCUCAGCUCGGGGAAGAAGAGGAAGAACAGCUCCCUCCCUACAUCGUCUCACGCUACCACCUACUCCUCAGAGUCCUCUUCCUCCUCCAACACCACCUCUUCCUCCUUCAAGAAGAACUGCACAGUUCACAGUAGCAGCUCAGGGAGCACGUACCACCAUGCCUCACUAGUCUCCUCCUCCUCCUCGUCUCACAGUGGCGUCCACAGUGUGGGUCUCAACUGUGGCCCCAACGCCCGGACCAACUCCCUCAGUCUGAAGGCAGAGCCGUCGGGGCCAGCGGGGUUGUCGGGGCCCGGGGUCAGAGGCCCCCCCUCGGGCAGCCCGGCCGAGUCCAUCAAGAGGAUGAGUGUAGUGAUGAACAGCAGUGACUCCACCCUCUCCCUGGGGCCCUUUGUCCACCAGGCCCCAGAGCACCACAGCAGCUUCAGCCAUGCCCACAACGACGGCCGCCUAGAGGGGAAGAAACGCAAGGGCUCCCCCGCUGUCAGCUCCAUCAACAGUGGAGGAGGUGGUGGUUUAGGGGGCGGUGGCGGGGGGCCGGGCAGGCCCAAAGUGGCCAAGUCUCCAGCCAUCAACAACAUCCACAGCAAACAUGGACGCACAAUCCCAGGAGCCACGGGGCUCACCAACAACUCCCUCAUCCAUCAGCCAAAGGCCCGCCCCUGACAGCGAUGGCUGGGUUCUCUGUAUGGAACCGAGAGGCGGAUGAAGAGGAGGCAAUCUGUGCGCUGCUCUGGACUGCACAAGGCCUUCUAAUACGUUACUCUCACCUUCCCAAGAUCCUCAGGGUGGAGAUGAUCUGGACAGCCCAGUGAUGUCACUGUUAUCGUCUAUAGUGUAACUAUUCCUCCCAAAGCCAUGUAGGAGCACCGUGUGGAGGUGGCAGGCGUUAACACCCGGAGUGGGUCACACUUGGCCCCCUGUCAGUCAGGGUACCGAGGUAGAUAUUCCUAUGGGGAAGACAGGAGAGAAAAGGAGGGAGUAGGAGCCUGUCUGCCCUUUGACCUAUUGUUGAAAUUCCAGAGGUACGGAGGAAGGGAAAAGUGCUGGCACAACAGCUAUGGCACUGCCCACCAACCAUCAUGACGCAGAGCCACUGGGAUUGACUGGAGAGCUCUCGAGCCGCAAUCUGUUUGUUUCCGAUGAGCUCGUGUGUGUGUGUGUGUGUGUGUGUGUGUGUGUGUGUGUGUGUGUGUGUGUGUGUGUGUGUGUGUGUGUGUGUGUGUGUGUGUGUGUGUGUGUGUGUGUGUGUGUGUGUGUGUGUGUGUGUGACUAGAUUCUACUGGAAAUUCAAAUGUACACCUCCACGCCUGAACUCAGAAGCCUUGGAAGGAGAGGGCAGGAUAAGGAAAAACUGUCAGUUGCAACACUUCGAACACAAUCACAUUGUUGUUUUUUGAAUGCUUCCACUACAUUUUGUCGGUUGGUUUUAAUCAGUGUGACGUGUACAUAACGUCAGGUUAUGUAUAGUAGCCAGAGAUGAACCACAUGAGGAGCAGAUUCAGUCAAUUCUAUAUGAGUUCCAUACAUGACCCAAACAAUUAUGCAAGUGUUACUUUUUUUAUGUUUCUUAUGUUUUUCACUGAAUUUAACUACAAAAAUCUGUGUGGAGAAGAAAGUAAAUUGUGCAUGCAUAUGUGAAAAAAGGAUGCCUGAUACGACAAUUUGAUUGAACGGUUGUGAAAGAGGGACUACUUGUCUUGAGGACAAGUGUUAAUUCCUACAAUAUUUUUAACUUACAAAUGAACAGCUACAGUAGACCUAGCCCUAACUGUGAACAGCACUAAACAAACACAGACCCACUACUUGCUUUACAUUUAAGUCGGGCUUAUUUUCCCCAAAAGCUAGCCAAAGGCAGCCAUCCAUUUCUCCCACACUAGUCUGUAACCACUACGCCAACUUUGGCUAUUGGCUAUUAGGAUUUCCAUUCCGGUACCUUCAGUUAUGUCACAAUACAGUUGUCCAUCACACUUGUCCUUCGUCAAAGCACGGAAUCUUAAACUGGCAAUACUUCCCCGUCUGUCUCUCUGAGAUGAGAUGAUGCUCCAUUGCCCCAUCUGUCUCUGAGUUGAUGCUCCUUGGGAUCGUGUUUUUUUGGGGGGGGUGAGAUUCAUGGAGAUGGCUUCAGAGUAGGUUACUACUUUUUGUAACUCCUGUAAAUUUCGUAAACUCCACUGAUGUCAGGCAGCGAGCUUAGCUGAGGAGCCGACUAUUUUCUAUCUUACUUUCGCUUUUUCUUGUAUGAAUUGAACAAAUAUCGAAGUAUCCCUAUUUCAGAAUACAUAUUUUAUUAACGAAUUGUACAUAUUGAAAUAUGUAUUUUUGCACAGGCAUUUUCUUAUACAAUUUUUUGGGGUACACUUGAUAUCAUUAUUAUUUAUUAAAUGAAAGAACAAGUUUAAGAACCUAACUUAUUUCAAGUGGUUCACUGCCAAGUCUAUAAUGCAAUAGGCCUAUAAUUAGAGGUUGAAGCAUCUCAUGAAUCAUGUACUGGGAUCCUUUAAAACAGGGGUGUCAAACUCAAUAUUGCCCCAAGGGCCGCACUCAACGAGGUGAAUGUAGGUGUAUUAUCAUUUCUACACAGUUUCGAUUUGGUUUUAGUCCUUAAAACAGUGUUCCCCAAAUUCGGCCCGGGGGUGGUUUUAUUUGGCCCCUCAAGCUUUUUACAUUUUAUUUUCAUUGUUGGACAUAAAAGAUAGUAAAGCCACCAGGAAAUCAGCUCCAAGGGAUUUUAAUUUUGGAAAUCUGCUCCUAAGUAUUCCCAUACUGAUCCUAUACACCUGAUCCUAUACAAAUAUAAGCAUGGUUUGAAAGUAUUAUGUUUUAGUCAAACAUGAUAUGUUUGGACUUAUUGCGGUCAAUUAUCAAUAUAUAAAUUAUUUUUAUGUAAUUAUGUUCCGGUCCCCUGACCAUCCGCUCAAGAAAAAAUCGGCCCACGGCUGAAUCUAGUCAAUGAUCCUUUGUUUUAAAGUAUAUUGAGUUUGUUUUGUUUUACUCAAAUCACCCACAGGGUGGAUUGGACCCCCCUCAAUAUGUUUGACACCCCUGCUUUAAAAGGUAGUGUUGCCACGGGCAUGUGUUUGUGUGACAGACAAUGUUUUGUUUUUAACUCUCCAAGGUCUCACCUGUGCUUUUUACUAUUUUCAAGUUGCCUCUGAAUCAACAAAGAAAUUAUCAUUUUAUUUGACCCAAAUAGCCUUUGAUUCUGAAAUGUCCCGCAGGCUGAAAGCUGUGCCCGUUGUCUAAGCGAUUUCUAUAGAUUCAAUAAUUUACCUUUUUAGAUGAAGACCUUGUAACAUUUCAUAAUUUGAAACACUUUCCCUUAAAGCUGAAGGGACUUAAGCAAUCAUUAAAGCAAGGAAGAUGAACCCUUCAAACAGUGAAACUGCUUGCAUCAUUGUUGCCAAACAUAAUUUGAAGCACAGCGUUUUAAGGAAAUUCUUAGUUUGCAGCUUUCAGAAAUGCUGAAAUAAGAAAGUGCCUGCAUUUGUUUCACACUGACUGUUUAAGGACAGAACUUUUUUUCAUUUUAGUUUUACCUUACUUGAAUGUUCAAAGUGUUUUAGGAGCUUGCUUUUAAAAUAUGCCUAUGAACCCUAAAUGUGGUAAAAACCUGAUUUAGCUUGUCAGCUAGCUGGUAUGAAGUACUUCGGGCUCUAUUCAAUCCGUAUCGCUGAAGUUCAGUUAUAUCACGAUUGAAAUGUAAAAGCAAUGUUCCAGCAUUAGCGGUAAACUCUGCAUGUUUGCCUGGCUACCUAAACUCCUUGCGCCAGGUAACUGCUAUGCCACACCCACAGAUGUUUGUUUCUUCUCCGCAAUGAUCUGGAUCUGAGAACCUCCCUGAUGAUUUCUAGAACGUAAACAAAAAACUAAACGUGCACCCCUUUGUGUUCUGAGGAUGGGAAACGCUGUUCUAACCGUUCUGGUCCAGAGCCAGAACACGUGGGUAAUGCAAUGUUUGGAAAUUCGACAUUGGGUAGAGAUGAUCCAAUCGCUUGAGUACUUUUUGUACAACACCAAAUAACUUCAAUGAUGGUAGUCUCAUACUGAAGUAUAUAGCGAAUGAAAUAAUUCCGUUUGAGUCGUCAGUCAAUGCAUGUCGGCUCAAUCGGAGAUGACCUUUCUAUUGCCAGUAACGCUUCAGCGAUCCACAUUGAAUAGAGCCCGUAGUGGUAACUUUUUUUAAUCAACGUUUUCCAGUUGAGACGUCUGAGAUCUUGGUGCAGACCAGGGGGUAUUGAAGCUCCCUGGUCGGUUAUGAAUCGUUUAACAGGUUCAGUAAAGUGUUUUUGUUUACCCUCAACCCCACUCACAAUGCUGACCUUGUUUCCAUAUGAUGGAAACUUUGCAAAGCUGUUGAUCAAGUACCACAGCCUUGGAAUGUGAAAGUGAGACAGAACACAGCUUGCGGGAGGAACAUAUUUUCAGUAGAUAACUCCUAUGUAAGAGCGUGUAUAGUAUUUUGUUUUAGAACAUCAAUCAUUUGAUCAGCUGGACUUGUAUUGGCUGCUAUGUAAUUCAUGAACAAACAUGGUAGAUUAGAUUUACUUAAUAUUUAAGAUUGUAUAGUCUUUGUUUUGUAACAUGUUUCUGUAAAUAAAUAAUUUAUACAGCUA